AUGAGCCGGAAGCAGAAGCAGCCCAGGCGCGGAGGCUGCCGCCGUGGCAGUGGACGCGGCUGCCACCGCCUUGUCUGCCGCCGCUGCCCUGAAAGUUUCGCCACCUACUUCGCCAGGGUUCUGAAGCAUGUUCACGAGGGCCUCAGCCUCUCGCAGGAGGCCGUGAGCGUCAUGGAUUCGUUCAUCAAGGAAACCUUUGAGCGCAUCGGUGAGGAGGCCUCUCGCCUUGCCCGCUUCACCAAGCGCUCCACCAUCACCACCAGGGAGUUACAGAUAGCUGUGCGCCUGCUGCUGCCUGGGGAGAUUGGCAAGCACGCCGUGUCCAAGACUAUGAAGGCUGCCAUCAGGUUCUACGGACGCAAAUGA